CACUUUUUGUGGUGAAUCAAUUCCAACACAAAUGGAGGGUUUGGAGAAGGCGACACUACAAAUAGUUCCAAAAGAAAGUAACCCUUUUCAACCCCGACGGCUCUCCAAUCGAAUUCAUACUGUUUCUGUGGCUGCUGUUCUUCUGUUCUUCCAGCCAUGGACCACUCAACUCCGCUGCUCAGCCACACCGUCCACGGCGCCGUCGAUUAUAAAGGUCGCCCACUUCUCAGAUCCUCCUCCGGCACAUGGAGCUCCGCCUCUUUCAUUAUAGGGAUGGAGGUUGCUGAGAGAUUUGCUUUCUAUGGAAUCGGCGCCAACCUCAUAAUUUACUUGACAGGUCCGCUCCACAUUUCCAUGGUGGCGGCGGCUGAGAUUGUCAAUGUCUGGUCUGGCACCUCCAUGCUCCUCACUCUCUUUGGAGCCUUUGUUGCUGAUUCCUUCUUUGGACGAUACCGUACCAUUGUUUUUGCAUCUAUUUCUUACCUUUUGGGACUAGGAUUGUUGGUUCUGUCGACGGCAAACCCCUCCAUUUGUGCUCUCCCUAACAAAUCCACGCCCUGUUCGGCUCCCAAGCUUCAGCUCGUUCUAUCCUUCGCUUCUCUAUGUCUAAUUGGGAUAGCACAAGGUGGGCACAGGCCCUGCGUGCAGGCUUUUGGGGCCGAUCAAUUCGAUGACCAAAAUCCUCAAGAGGCCAAAUUCAAGAGCUCCUUCUUCAAUUGGUGGUAUUUUGGUGCCUGCUCAGGAAUCGUAGUAGCCAUUCCAACUAUAGCAUAUGCACAAGAGAAUCUUAGUUGGAGUCUUGGAUUUGGAAUUCCUUGUGCUGCAAUGCUCACUGGUUUCAUUGUUUUCCUUCUCGGUACCAAGACGUAUCGGUUUACCGUCAAGCAAUCAAAUAAGAGCCCGUUUAUGAGAGUUGGUCGAGUGUUUGUGGCUUCUAUUAGGAAUUGGAGAGCUUCUCCCUCAACGAUCGGCAAAGAUUUGUCAAAUUCUCACCAAUUCAAAUUUCUCAAUAAAGCUUGCAUCAUUCCCAUCGAUUCAAACCAAAACGCAACGGUGUGUAGCAUCAGCGAGGUUGAAGAAGCAAAGGCAAUUCUCAGAAUUCUUCUAAUAUGGGCUACACUUAGUGUGUUCACCAUUGUGUUCUCACAAGACGCCACCUUCUUCACCAAACAAGCAGCAACAUUAGACAGAACAAUUUCAUCAGGUUUCACCGUUCCCGCCGCGUCACUCGAGGCAAUUAUUUCCUUUACAAUCGUCAUCUUCAUCGUGGUCUAUGAUCUCGUGUUCGUUCCCAUUGCCAAAACAGUAACAGGAAACUCAUCGGGCAUAACAACAUUACAAAGAAUCGGAUCCGGGAUGAUCAUAUCAACUAUCUCUAUGGUGGUUGCAUCCCUGGUCGAGAAAAAACGUUUGAAAACCGCCCUCGAACACAGUCUAAUCGAUAGACCGGACAUGACGAUUCCAAUGAAGUUCUGGUGGUUGGUUCCUCAAUACGUGUUGAAUGGUUUGGCUGAUGUGUUUACAGUGGUUGGGCUUCAAGAGUUUUGCUAUGAUCAAGUGGCUAGGGAUUUGAAAAGUGUUGGACCUGCCAUUUUCAUGAGUAUCCUUGGAAUGGGUAGCAUUUUAAGUAGCCUUUUGAUAUCAAUUAUUGAUUCAGCUACUAAAGGCAAUGGGCAUCUGAGCUGGUUUCCCGACAACCUUAACAAGGCUCAUCUUGAUUACUUUUACCUCCUACUGGCUGCCCUUAGUGUUCUUAGCUUCAUUGCCUUCCUUUUUGUUGCCAAAUCCCACGUUUAUAACAGGUGACCUUGACUUCCCAUCUUUUUGGAGCUAAAUUAUUCCAAAUUUUAAGGUUGUAAAUAUGAAAAGUUUGUAUUUGAAAAGCAACAUAUAGAUGAUAUACUUUAGGCUUGGUUCGAAUGAUUGUUGGAUUUCUGAUAUACUUUAGCCAGGGAGCAUUCGCAUGUAAUACCAAAUACAAUUAUUUGAUUCUCGGGCA